AUGAAGAAUACUAUUGUUACGACGACAAACACCCACUUUCAAUCGAUCUUUCUGAACGUGAUGCAGCUGACAACCCGUCCACAAAUUGCGGAUGUUCUUAAAAGUUACCAAGACUUUACUACAGAAACCUUACUCAAAACUUUACCACUUUCACAGAACAGAGAAAAGUUAAUUAUUUGUGACAGACACUCGUUUUCGAUGAUGGAGUUAGUUGCCGGACAAUUUCUUCAAGACCAAAACUAUAAAAUCAUCGACAUGAUCUGUUAUGACGACUUCAAAGACACUAAGGCGUUUGUCGAAAAGUUGUUUAGAGACCGUUUUGCAUUCAUUGUUGUCACCGAAUCGACGACCAAUGCGGCCAUUCGAGCAAUUGACUUUGUCGAGAAGGCGACUGCGAUGUUUAACGAAUUGACGAAAAAGAAUUUUACUAUCACCCCAGACAACUUUUUCUUCUUCAGACUUCCACGAUUCACUCCAUUUGAUGGGAAAUUGCUGGAGCCAUAUAAAAACAAAUUCCGCAUUGGGAAGAUCGAUGUGCCUGUUGGAGUGUUACAGUCAACACUUUUCUCUAUGCAGCAAGACGACGCGUUUGUGAGACUUUUUGCUGAACGGGAUAUCUCCGUUGUUUCAGAAGUGUUCAAUGCUUUGGAGAACUUUCAAAAGAAGUUUGGGUACAUCCAGAAGAUCCAGAGUAGAGGGUGUUAUUCUCAUCAAUUAGCCGAGAUGAUGAACAACAAGAGAAAUUAUGAUGAAUUUAAUAAAGAAAUAGACUUCAUGUAUGUCGUCGACAGAAGUUUUGACUUGUUAACGCCCGAAUUGAUUGCGUCGAAUUAUGAAAGUUUAAUAGACGACACAUUUGGGAUCAACGAUGACUGCACCACAGUACCAGUGGACUUAAAGUACUUUGAAAAGACGUGUAAUGGACCGAAAGAGAGUGAUCCGUUGUAUCAAGUGUUAGCACAGAGAGGGAGUGGGAUCAUCCCAUUACAUGGGAAUUGGUAUAAUGAUGCGAGAGACUUGUUCUUUUUGGAUGUGCCAAAAGUGCUUUCCGAGAAGGUGCAAUUGACGAAGGAAUUGAAAGAAAAGAGUUUGCAGGAGGAGAACAUCUUGAAAAAAAUCGAGAAGACUACACACUUCAAUAUGUGUAUGACCUUUGUCACAUUACAUCCACAACUCUAUCAAACUAUUAAUAAAAGUACUAACGGAUUCGACUUUAUCGAGAAGAUGGACAAACAAUUCACAUUCUUCGAUAAUACAUUUUCUACUACAAAACAAAUCACGGCAGGUAUGUUUAAACAAGACAUCGCGGGUCCUGUCAUCGAACUGUUACUACUUGGGAAGCACGACGAGGCACUGAGACAACUUUCAAUGAUAUCAGCGGGGUGCGAUGGAAUAAAACCAGAGACAUUUGAAGAGAUCAAAACCGCAUUCAUUCAGUUCAAUGGAGGAAAAGAAGUUGAUUUGUGGAGUAAGUUGGAGAUGUCCGGGAUGUUGAAGAAAGUAGGGGAGAGGAAUCGGACAUACUCUGCUAUUAACAGUGCGCUCAGAAUUUAUGAGAAAGAUGGAAAGACUUUAUAUUCGGGAUACACUCCACUCAUUGCUAAGACUCUUGAAAAUAUAGUCCAACCGGAAGUUGUCGAAGAAGCACAGAAAAGCUUGUUGAAGUCGAUGACCAAAAUAGUCUCAAAGACACUCCCAGAAAUUCUACCCGAAGACGAACAAAUCAAAGUCACUGAUGUAAAGGGAAAGAUCGAAGGCAACCCGAAGAGUAUAUUAGUUUUUGUUAUAGGUGGUAUUACACUUGGAGAAAUAGCUACGUUAAGAAACUUAAGUAAUGUCAUCAAGAGACCUAUUAUUAUUGGAAGCACUAACAUUAUUAGGAAAAAUUCGACACUCCUCGGACAGAUCCAGAAAUCACUUGACUUCGAGAGAUUUAACUUUAAUUGA